AGCGUUGGUGUUUGUUCUGUGUGAAAGCCUCAGGAGACACAUCACACGCUGCACUUUAUUCUCUGCCGGAGCGGAGUGCUGGCUGUAUUAAUGUGUAGCUCUUGCUGUAGAACACUAGCCAUAUCAAAUAUCAGACAUGUCAAGAGCUGGAUAUUUCCUGUACUUCGCUUUCGGAAGUAAUUUAUUGAAAGAGAGACUGCAACUGCAGAAUCCGUCAGCACUUUUCCACUGCGUCGCUCGACUCCAGGGUCAUGUUUUACAGUUUGGUCUGUGGGGAGAAAAUGUGGUCAGCAGGUGGAACGGUGGAGUGGCCACGAUUGAGGAAUGUCCAGAUGAGGACGUCUGGGGUGUAGUGUGGAAAAUGGCAGUCGAGGACAUCACGUCUUUAGAUAAACAGGAAAGCGUGGACAAGGGUGUCUACAGCCCCAUGGAGGUGACAGUGGAGACAGAAACUGGGCCGCUUCUCUGUAGAACAUACAAGAUGAACAACUUCAGACCCUGUGCUCCAUCACCACAGUAUAAAGAGGUCAUAUGUUUAGGAGCCCAACAGAACGGAUUACCUGAAGACUACAUAGAGAAACUACAGGCUGUGGAGACCAAUAACUACACUGGACCUUCAAUAUUAGAUGAGAUUAAAAAGCAUAGAAACUGAAUGUGUGGAAAAAGAAAACGAAAGCUCCAGCAAAGUCACAAUUUUACUCAAUGAAAAGUCAAAGUAGAGGAUCAAAAUUAUGCUUAAUUGUUUAUGCUUUACAUUAAGGAUCCCUUAUUAUUAGUUAACAUGAACAAACCACGUACUUCUGCAUUAAUAAACCAUAAGUAACAUUGACAACGUAACAUAUUAAUUUUUUUUUUUUAAAUAAUAAGCCAAAUAAUCAACACAGUUGUUGACCAGCUUCAGCAAUGUUCAUUCCAUCAAAAUGAAUAAUGUUCAACAUGCACAACACCUUAAUCAACAUGAUUGUGGUUGUGAACUGGCGAACUUCAUAACUGAGGCUGAAAAUCAACUUUUUUUUUUACUAAAAAUGUAGUUUUUUCAUUUCAUUUUUGAUGAGAUAAUAUGGAUUUAUAGUGUAGUGUAGUGUAGUACACAUUAUUGUGUAGUGUAAAUAUUGUUCAAUGCAGGUUUGCUAACAUUUAAACAAACCUUAAUUAAUACAUAUAAUUUACUUUGGUACUUUCUUAACAUUCUUUGUUCUUCUUCUUCUUCUUUCAGCUGCUCCCGUUAUAUUAUAGUGUAAUGUUAGGGGUCGCCAUUGGUCCACGUAUUUGAUUUGGGACAGUUUUUAUGCCGGAUGCCCUUCCUGACGCAACCCUCCCCAAUUUUAUCCGGGCUUGGGACCGGCACUGGGAGUGCACUGUCGUGUUGGUUCCCUGGCCGGGAAUCGCACCCGGGCCAGGGUUGAGAGCACCAAGGCCUAACCGCUAGUCCUCCAGGGACCCAAAUUUCUUAACAUUAUUUAUGGUUCAUUAAUGCUGAAGUUCAUGGUUAAUGUUAACUAACACAAUAAAUAAUGUUGAACCCUAAAA